UUUUUUUUUUUAAUAUAAACUACAGGAAGAGAGAAUAUGUUUAGAAACCAAUACGAUAACGAUGGCCGUAUUCACCAAGUUGAAUAUGCUGUUGAAGCAGUAAAGCAAGGUUCUGCUGCUAUUGGUCUAAGAAGCAAGAAUUUUGCUAUCUUACUUGCCUUGAAGCGUUCUUCUGGUGAACUUGCUUCUUACCAGAAAAAGUUGAUCAAGAUUGAUGAACAUAUGGGUAUUGGUAUUGCUGGUUUGACUUCUGAUGCUCGUGUUUUGAGUAACUUUAUGCGUGCAGAAGCCAUGAAGUCAAAAAUGUUGUAUGAUAGACCAUUGCCUACUCAAAGAAUUGUGAAUGCUAUUGCUGACAAGGCACAAGUCAACACUCAACAAUAUGGUCGUAGACCUUAUGGUGUUGGUCUUUUGGUCAUUGGUCAUGAUGAAACGGGUCCUCAUCUUUUUGAAUGUUCACCUGCUGGUACUAGUUUUGAAUACUAUGCCAUGUCAAUUGGUGCUCGAUCUCAAUCUGCCAAGACAUAUCUUGAAAGAUACCACGAAGAAUUUGCAGAUGCUUCAUUGGAAGAACUCGUUCGUCAUGGUCUUCAAGCUCUUCGCGAUACAUUACAACAAGACAAAGACCUUAAUAUUCAUAACACAUCUCUUGGUAUUGUAGGAGAAAACCAUCCAUUUGAAAUUGUUGAAGGUGAAGCAUUACAAACGUAUUUGAACUUGUUGGGUGAAGAAACAGGCAGAACAAGACCAUCAGGAUCUGGUGCUGCUAACACAACUACAGAGGAACCUGCUGCUAAUACUGCUGCAGAACCAAUGGAAACUGACAACUAAAGUGUCUAAAAUAAAGAGAAAUAUAUACAUUGUAUGUUCAUGGCAGAAUACUGUUAGACCAAGCGAAUCAUCUGAAAUAGAGACAAGACUUAGAUAUAUGUAUAUAAAAAGGGCGAUAGUAUUUUA